GCAGCAGCGGCUCCUGGUUCCGUUUCUCUUGACAGCCGAAGAAGAAGCAACAUGGCGGCCACGGCAGCACCCAUCAUAAAGGGACCUGUAGCGGUCGAGGAUGUGGUCGUCACCUUUGGAGACCAGCAGAAUAUUAACAAGUUCGCCAGGAACACGGCCCGGAUGACGGAGCUCAAAAAUGAGAUAGAGACAAAGAGAAAAACUCUGCAGAACUUGCAGUACGCCAGUGACGACCUCAUGAUGCUGGACGACGACUCCCUUAUGAUCCCUUAUCAAAUUGGUGACGUCUUUAUCAGCCACUCCCAGGAAGAAACGCAAGAAAUGCUGGAGGCUGCAAAGGAAUCCCUGGAGCAGGAGGUCAAGGGCCUGGAGGAGCGAGUGGCAGCGAUACAGCAGGUUCUGGGGGACCUGAAGAUCCAGCUCUACGCCAAGUUUGGGAACAACAUUAACCUGGAGGCAGAUGAAAGCUGAGCAGCCACAUAGAUGGCAACAGCCGACCCAACAUGGACUUUUACACGCAGCUCUCGGUCCAGAUCCGUCUCAAUGCCAACAAAACUAGCACGUCUACUGCAUGAGCAUUUUAAUUUAGCAGAUUACGGCCUUUGGGAACCCAGAUUAUGUGUUUUGCAGUUUCAUUUUACAAUUCACCAAGACAAUAAAGACCAAGAUUUGAUGUGUCAGUAACUGCAUAUAACUUCA